AUGAGGGAUCAAGGAUGGGAUAGUCUCUUAGACAAAGUCAUUUUAUUUUGUACUAAACGCGAGAUUGAUGUUCCAUCUAUGGAUGCUCAAUAUGUACCUCAAGGAAGAUCAAGACGUUUUGCUAAACAAGCAACAAAUCUACAUCAUUUUCGGGUUGCAAUCUUUUUGGAAGUAAUUGAUUUGCAUCUUCAAGAGAUUGAUAACCGUUUUAAUGAGAAGAACAUGGAGUUACUUACAUGCAUGGCUUCCCUGAGUCCUAGAGGUAACUUUUCAUCUUUUGAUAAAGAGAGGAUACUUAAAUUUGCUUCUUUAUAUCCCGAAGAGUUUUCAUGCUUAGAUUUAACGGCUCUUGAUCUUCAACUUGAUGUCUUCUUGGAUUCUAUGCAAAAUGAUGAAAGAUUUCAUGAUUUGCAAGAUAUCAAUUCUCUUUCCAUGAUGCUUGUUAAAACAAGGAAACAUGAGACUUUUCCUCUUAUACAUUUGCUAAUCAAGUUGAUGUUGAUUCUUCCUGUUGCUAUGGCAAGUGUAGAAAGAGUGUUUUCCGCAAUGACGUUUGUCAAAAAUAAGUUGAGAAAUAGCAUGGGUGAUCAACUAGUGAAUGAUUGUUUGGUUACUUACAUUGAGAAGGAAGUAUUAUCCGAACGACGUGACGUUCGGAUUUUGACCCCCCAAAUUGAAAUUCCUGGGUCCGCCACUGGUUGA